UGGAAGAAAUAAACAAGUGUCUUCAGAUUGAUUUGUAGAAUGUCUGUGGCCAGCAGAUACCCCAAGUUCGGCCAGUUCAAUGCAGCCAUAGGGAGUCGGGUGCCGAAUUCGAUUGAGAAGUACCCCGAGUAUCAGAAGCUGAGACCCAACCGGGAACUGUUGAAGAGGGAGCAGCUGGACCUGCUGCACAUUCUACGAGAGAAGAUGCAUUUGGACGUGACAGAGUUGGUGCCCGAGGAGAAGACCCCCCUCUGCUGCUUCGUAGAAGACCUAGCAAUUGUGUUCAACGGUAAAGCGUUGUUGACUCGCGGUCUUAAAUCGGGAGACCCCCGAGAACUGGAGAUCAAGUCUCUCAAAAUUGCCCUGAAAGACUAUGGCAUCGACAUUCUGUUCAUGGACGACUCUAGUGCCCUAGCAAUGACACCCCCACUGGAAAUGAACGGAGCUGCGGCGACGGAAGAGAUGGAGAAUGGGGUGGGGGAGAAAGAAGCGAAGCGGAUUGUGGGUGGGGACGUGCUCUUCACCGGCUACGAGUUCUUUGUGGGCAUCAGUUACUUCACAAAUGUGGAGGGCGCCAUGGAGUUCGCUUCCAAGAUGACGGACCUGGCGGUCACUAUAGUGAAGCUGCCCCUUGACAAGAGCAAUGAUCCCGAAAUAAAGUCGCGUCGGCUGAAGGACUACAUCUCGGUUGCGUGUGAGGGACUGAUCGUGUAUGCGGACACAGCAGACGGCAACUUCCUCAUGAAGCAGAUCAUCAACAACUCCAGCUACGACUACAACACAGUGCGCAUGAGGGCAGAGUUCCUGUCCAACUGCAUAUACAUCAACGGGUACUUGCUCUAUCCGGACACCGGCAACACACUGUGUGCGGACGGGGAGAGUGACUACAAACUACUGGACCAACUCAUAUCCAGAAUACCAGUGCCCGCCUCCGAGUUCAGCCGAGUGAAGACUGCUCUGAGUCGCCGAGUGCUCAUAUUCGACGCACCCCACACACACGGCGCCCGGCGUCACUUCCCGUGAACUGAAAGUGGAAGAGAACAAAGAAAAUUUGAAGUCAGGUUUCAGCCGCCCAUCCUUUGAUCAAUCUGAAAAUUUAACCUGCCCUAGAAACUGCACUCGAUGAAAAUGGAUAUUGAAAUUCGGCGUCGUCGUUCUAGAAGCAAAAUAAUCAGCUUAUUUAUUUUAACAAACGAAUAAAUUUAUAAACUCCUAAAGCUUAAUGCUUGAUGGCACAACUUCGUUCUUGGAUUCUAUCUUUGCAACUUAGUUGCAGUAGUAGCAACAUACGAUUAUUGAUUUAAGAGUCUCUAUGUGGUAGAAUUUCUUUUGUAAUUUAUGAAAGCUUUAAAUCCUCCUUUUGCACAAUAGAUCCAUUCUGAUAUUGACUGAACUAAGAAUAUCGUUCUCAGGAGUAAACUGAGGUCAAUGACAAGUUCAAAUUCAAAUUUAAGCUGAAGUUUGAGGGUCAAUUAAAGAAUUGCAUUAUUUUUCUAAUGCGAUUGGUUGCAUGUGAAAAAAGAUUUUAUACAAUAUAUUGCAAGUUAAAUUGGACAAUAUUUUGGUUAAUGAGUUUUAAAUUUAAUUGAAUGCCUUUACUUUCCAAUCAUCUUUGAAAAUAAAUUUAUUUGCUAA